UCAACUCUUGGGUUUCACUUCAGUUCCACCCGCCUGCCGUUGUGAUCAGCUGCAGCUUUCACUGAACUAAGCAACAUGAUUUUACUUGUGUUUGCUUUGGCGUCUGUAACUUCAGCUUUUCCUCUGUCUGAACAAGACGAGUUUCACUUCAAGUCAUGGAUGGUACAGCACAACAAAGUGUACAACAUGCAGGAGUACCACCAGAGACUCCAGAUCUUCACAGAGAACAAGCAGAGGAUUGACAAACACAAUGAAGGAAAUCACUCUUUCACAAUGGCCCUGAACCAGUUUUCUGACAUGACAUUUGGUGAAUUCCGAAAGUCGUUCCUCUGGUCUGAACCACAGAACUGCUCUGCUACCAAGGGGAACUACGUCAGCAGCAACGGACCACAUCCAGACUCCAUCGACUGGAGGAAGAAAGGAAAUUAUGUGACAGAUGUGAAGAAUCAGGGAGGCUGUGGUAGCUGCUGGACUUUUUCCACAACUGGCUGUCUGGAGUCCGUCACUGCUAUCGCCACUGGAAAGCUCGUGCCACUGGCAGAACAGCAGCUGGUGGACUGCGCCCAGGAUUUCAACAACCAUGGAUGUAAUGGCGGUCUUCCCAGUCAAGCAUUUGAAUACAUCAUGUACAACAAGGGGCUGAUGAGGGAGCAGGACUAUCCAUACAAAGCUGUUGAGGGUAAAUGUACGUAUAUACCACAUCUGGCUGCUGCUUUUGUGAAGGAGGUGAUGAACAUAACCGCGUACAAUGAGAUGGAGAUGGUGGACGCUGUCGGCACACGCAAUCCUGUCAGCUUCGCCUUUGAGGUGACCCCUGACUUCAUGAGUUACCACAAGGGCGUGUACACCAGCACUAAGUGCCACGACACCACAGACAAAGUGAACCACGCAGUUCUAGCUGUCGGCUACGGACAAGAGAACGGUACCCCGUACUGGAUAGUAAAGAACUCAUGGGGCUCCGGCUGGGGCAUGGACGGAUAUUUCUUCAUUGAACGUGGGAAGAACAUGUGUGGACUCGCUGCCUGCUCAUCUUUCCCAGUGGUGUGAUUUUUACAUGAUUGUGCACUAAAAAGGGAUGAAAUUUUUUAAUCAUACAGGGAUAUUUUUUGUGAUUGUUUUGCUUUGAGUGUAGGCAGUUUUUUCUAUGGACAGUGUGUUUCUGCACAAGGGAAUAUGUCUUAAUCUCCACUGAAGCACUAUGACAGGACCAUCGGGCCGUACUGAGAUCAAAUACACUAUAAUAUCAGUACAUCUGAAAUAAUCACUCAACUAUCAAUCUUUUGAAUAAUGAUGUGUGUAAAUUUCACAAAUAAAAUCAACUUAAUCUGUG